UAAGGCCUCUGCUGGCUUGUACUGCUUAGGAUGGGAAUUGGUGAAGGUGAGUAAUUCAUGAAGGAGAUAUGUGAGAUACAGUUUUUUACAUCAGUUUGUAUUAAAUAAAUAUAGGAAGAGCAGUGAGGUGUGUGUAUUCAGUUUUUUGUGUGACACUUUUUAGCGUCGGUCUGUGAUACAGAUUUCAGGGGGACCUGUAUCAGUUUAAAGGGUCAUUGUGAAUUACUAGGUGCCUGAUAAUAAAAAAUAACAAAUUGAUGGGAGAAAACAAGGAACAAAUUUGGAGUAAAUCCUAAGAUGUGUUUGGGAGAUACCACUCUUCUUACACCAUGUACAUUCCCUUAUGCUCUGGUGAUCCACAGCUCAGGGGACUUUCUUUUGGAACUCAUCCUUACAGUCUGGGAGGUCACUUCCUCAGCUUCGUUUAUCUGCAAUGUGGAUAGAAUUACUUUCCUGUUUCCAACGAUGAAGGAGUUCUUGCAAAAUACAACAACCUUCCCAAGUUUGUGUUGCAGACCUUCUGAAAAAAAGGACUGCAACUCAACAGUGGAGUAAGAAGCAGAACUUUUGGAUUCAAUACAUGACUGGAACAAACAAUCCUGCUGGAACAAAAGCCUACCAAAUGCCAUUUUGUCUGUUGUGGCUCAGAGGGAACUGGACUGCUUUGGCUAUGGCUGGGCAAAUAACACAACUAUGCCAGGAAAUGAAAUGCAUGAUGAUUUGGGUACCGUGUCCUGUCACUCAGUAACUCCAUGGAUGCACAAAGGAAACAUUCAGAGAACUCUGAGUUAGGGAAAGCAUCUGGAGAAACUCAGCAUUUUUUCUUUGGUAAAGGGAGAAGUGGGAGAUGUUACUUUUAAUAUUUCCUUAGAGUUUCUGAAGGUGGCUGCCUGAAGUGUGCAUGGCAGAGAGGAUGACAGGCCUUUCCAGAAAAAGAGUACUUCUGGCUGUAAUUCCUUCCCUCACCUAGUUGAGAGAGCUCUGCCUGAACAUGAGGAGAAGCACUGGUAGGGCAGCACGGGAUUUCCAAAAUGCUGUUUCCUGUUUUCUCUGAAGAAAAGAUAACAGGCUGGAUACUUCAUUCAGUGGUAAAAGGAAGUGAUUUUGCAUCCUUUCCCAAGAAAGCAUAAAGGAUGUGCUGUUCUCUGGAGUGUCACCUUCCUUGGAUUAGUCUGUUGCAGGACAAGUAAUGAACAGAUGUGCUAUUCAUAUAUGUUGCAUCUCUGAACAAAGUGAGGAUAGGCUGUAUUUCUUCUGUCAUAUGUCACCUACCAAAAUUAAUGGGAGUAAGAGAAUGAGCACUAACUGAUGGAGGCAGCAGACAAAGGUAACAUGGAUACUCUGAGUUGUGCUGCUGAAUAGGAAUAGUCACCAGGCUCUCUUGGUUUCUCUGGACUAUGGAGGAGUGGACCUGGGCAAUGAAAAGAAAAAGCCUAACACACUUGUUGCACAUCUUGAAUUUGCCUCCAUUUACAAAUGUCUUGAGGCAAAACGUCUGGACUGAGUGCUCCUCUUGCCUUCCCGAAAGCCGGCACAACAAGUGGAUGCUGCGGGCGGGUGCCGGCUGUGCCGCUGCCGCCUGGACGUGUCUGGGGGAGACAAGUGCAAGAAGCGAGACCCGUCCUGCCGUCGGGGGAAGCGGGCUCGGUGCACGGAUGAUGUAGCGUUGAUUUACAAAUCUGCUGCGAAAGCUGGGCUUGGAAACACUAGUGACCGCGCUUAUCCACUCCUCCUGCCUCGCACACACACGCAAACACGCCGCCUUCCUGCUGCUCCGUCUGGAACGAGGCUCUUGCUCGUUGCCUUUUUGCAAAUGCCCGGGCGAGCCGCGGGGUCCGGGGCAGCGCAGGGUGCCCCCGGUUUCAGCUGCCUCGCCGCCCGCUCUGGGCGCUCUCGUUGCACCCGGAACGAAGGGAGAAAAAUAACUCGUCAACCUGUGGUGCUGACUGACCAUACACACCUGCAGAUGUAGACCGGUUGGCGUAGCCCCCCCCCCGCCUCAGGACUGCUGUCACCAGAUCCUUACACUAGCGAGAACAGCGUUGCUAUUUCUCUGCCUGGGAACAGUUAAGUGCUUCUUCUGCAUGACCAUAACCAAAGGGUGACCCAUCCACUCCCUUAUGUCCUAUGGGAACCUCAGAGCCAGUUUCUCAGUCUUCAUCUCCUCAUCCUCCUCCUCUUACCACUGCUGCUGACGCCCUGGGUGCAGCUCCCAGGUUUGAGACAUUAUUGACAGGCUGAAGAAAGGAUUUGCAAAGACCUCUUCACUGUGUAAAUAAAGUGAUAGCUGGAAUUAAUUUCAACUCCCCAAGUAAUGAUAUUAAACAAUAAGAUUUCUAGGCCAAAGCAUAACCAGGAACAAAUUAUGAGGAAAGAGACUAUUUGCAUUUGGUUGCAAUGAUGAACUAAAACCAUCUUCAGAGAGCAGAUACCCUUAGAUUUGUAUUUUGUUUUUUUUCCUCAUGAAUGCAGUCUUUGUAGCCUGCAAGGUAGUCAUCGUUCUCAUCAGAUCUGUGGUAGCCACAGGAGAUAAAUGGAAAUAAAGGGGCUUGGUGGAUGAAAGAGAAAGGAAGGUCUCAGCUGUUCCCUGGUUCAAUUUGAGAAUUUCAUCUAUUCAUAUUAGCAAAACAGUAGUUUGUGUCAAACGUUCUGGACAAUAAGAGAAUGCAGAUCUGUGGUUUUCCAAAAUGUAGAUGCAGUAUGAAAACUCUGUUGCCCUGCUCUACGUCCAAGGGACUGUCCUCCAAAUGCAAAUGGCUUUGAACUUUCUAGAGUGAAAGUUAAGGUGACACUGAAAAUAAAACCUUUUUGCAUUGAUUUAAAAAAAAACAACCAACAAACAAAAAAGCAGUAUCAAAAUGGAGGUUGCAAUGGUGAGUGCAGAUAGCUCUGGGUGCAACAGCCACAUGCCCUAUGGCUACGCAGCCCAAGCUCGGGCCCGAGAGAGAGAGCGGCUGGCACAGUCGAGAGCUGCAGCAGCUGCGGCCGUGGCAGCAGCAACAGCAGCAGUAGAAGGUGGGGCAGCAGGUGGAGGUGGACCAUACCACCACUACCAUCAGGAGCAGAGUCGAGGCGCGUCCUCCUCGCAUGGUGGGAACGCGUCACGCAGCAGCGUGUCCCACCGCCAGAGCGGUAAGAGGCGGAAGAAAGGGAAAAAGAGGAGCCACCACUUGGGGAGCAGGGAGUGUGGGGCCUCCUUCCCCUGUUCUGAGCUGCUGCCUCUCAGUGGUUCUGAAGAGAGAAUACUGAAGGACUUGAGUGAGGAGGAAGAGGAGGAUGAAGAUGAGGAGGAAGACGAUGAGGAAGAAGGAAAGCUCUACUACAGUGAUGACUAUGGGGAGGAUGAGUUCUCAUACUCGGACCAGCCACCGGAUGAUGGUGGAGGCCCUGGCGGUUACAGCUCUGUUCGCUACAGUGAGUACGAGUGCUGUGAACGUGUAGUAAUCAACGUGUCGGGACUGCGGUUUGAGACCCAACUGAAGACUCUAGCUCAGUUCCCGGAGACGUUGUUGGGUGACCCAGCGAAGCGAGGCAGAUACUUUGACCCUCUCAGGAAUGAAUACUUCUUUGAUAGGAACCGACCCAGCUUUGAUGCCAUCCUGUACUACUACCAGAGUGGCGGUCGGCUGAAGAGGCCAGUCAAUGUACCCUUUGACAUCUUCAGUGAGGAGGUGAAAUUCUACCAGCUUGGGGAGGAGGCCAUGCUCAAGUUUAGGGAGGAUGAAGGGUUUGUCAAAGAGGAAGAGGACAGAGCAUUGCCAGAGAAUGAAUUCAAGAAGCAGGUUUGGCUGCUGUUUGAGUACCCGGAGAGCUCCAGUCCAGCCAGAGGCAUUGCCAUCGUCUCUGUCUUGGUCAUCUUGAUCUCAAUUGUCAUCUUUUGUCUGGAGACUUUGCCAGAGUUCCGAGAUGACAAAGAAUUCCUCAUGUCCCUGAGUUUAGGGAAAGGGCUUUCCAAUGAGUCACUUCACCUGGAUGCUGGGGAGCACACCAUAUUCAAUGACCCUUUUUUCAUUGUAGAGACAGUAUGCAUCAUUUGGUUCUCCUUUGAGUUUACAGUGCGCUGCUUUGCAUGUCCAAGCAAAGCACAGUUCUUCAAGAACAUCAUGAACAUCAUAGACAUUGUCUCCAUCUUGCCUUACUUCAUCACUCUGGGCACUGACUUGGCACAGGAACAGGGCAGUAAUGGUCAACAGGCCAUGUCUUUUGCCAUCCUGAGGAUCAUCCGUCUGGUCAGGGUGUUUCGCAUCUUCAAGCUCUCCAGGCACUCCAAGGGUUUGCAGAUCCUGGGUCAUACGCUCAGGGCCAGCAUGAGGGAACUUGGCCUCCUCAUCUUUUUUCUUUUUAUCGGAGUCAUUUUGUUUUCCAGUGCUGUUUACUUCGCAGAAGCUGAUGAACCUGCCACCCAUUUUCAAAGCAUCCCAGAUGCCUUUUGGUGGGCUGUAGUGACCAUGACUACAGUUGGUUAUGGGGAUAUGAAACCCAUAACUGUGGGUGGGAAGAUAGUUGGGUCCCUGUGUGCCAUUGCGGGAGUGUUAACCAUUGCUUUACCAGUGCCAGUGAUUGUCUCCAAUUUUAACUAUUUCUACCACAGAGAGACUGAGAAUGAAGAACAAACUCAGCUGAUGCAAAAUGCAGUCAGCUGCCCUUACCUCCCAACAAAUUUACUGAAGAAAUUUAGAAGCUCAUCGUCUUCAUCCACAGAGGAUAAAUCAGAAUAUUUGGAGAUGGAAGAAGGAGUUAAAGAAUCUCUUUGUGUAAAGGAGAAAAAAAGUCAGGACACGGGGAAUAGCAGUGAGUCAGAGAAGAAAAACUGUGUAAAUUCAAAUUCUGUGGAAACUGAUGUAUAAUUUUGAACGUUUCCAAAUAUAUUUAUGCAUUAAAGAGUGCAGUGAAAAUAAUGAAAUAUGCAAACAAGAGUCCACAGCAUACAGUAGUAUGCCAUUUAAUGGUUAAAUACAAAUAAAAAGCAUUGCUAAACUUGUAUUACAUAUCAAGUAAGUGGUAUAACUUGAGGAAGUGGUUGCUAGAUCUGAUAUAAUUUCAGACUUUAUAUUUUUAUUAGAAUGCAAGUGUUUUGCACACGAGGCUGAAAAAUGUAUUAAAUCCAAGUCAGUUUUAAAGUGGGUGCAUGAACUGUCGACAUCACUAAUAACAGCUCUGUGGUAAAAGUUGGCAUUCAGAGGUAUUUACUAUGUAAGAAGCAAUGAAGUUUGGUAGUCAUGUAUCUAUUUAUCAAUGCUUUAAUAGCAGCUACCAUGAAUCAUUGGAUACCAUAGUAAUUGUUUUUCAAAUGGUAAAUUUAUUGUUAAAAGAUAUUCUACAGAAGAUAGAUCUAAUUUUUUUUUUUCUUGAAAUAUAGAAUGCUUGUUUUUAACUGGAAAUUUACUUUGAAAAGGCUGCUGACCCUCCAGAAAUUGUUUAUUUUUAUAACUGUCUUUGGAGGCAUGACAGCAUUUGUUGUCUAAUAAUGAAAGAAAUGAAGUAAGAGAAUCAUUUAACCUGGUCUGACUGCAAAGGCAAAAUGACUGGAAUGCUUUUUUGCACUACUUUAUAUGCUGGAGAUAUAUUGAAAGAGACUUCAUACUGUGAAUGUUUACUAAUGUAAUAGUUCAAUGACAAUCAUUGGAAGAGUGAAUUCUGCAUCAUAUUUUAUUGUUUCUUUUUUCUUUAUGUGAUGCUGAUGGUGAAACAGCUAUCAUUACAUUAAUUCCAUACUCUUUUUAAUUAUGAUUAUCUGUGAUCUGGAAAAGGAUUGUGAAGUAAAAUUUUAUAAUCAAAAUGAUUUGAAAUCAGUGUUUCCUACUGAUGCCCUCAAGAAAUACUCACGUAAUUUGUAUCUUUUUCCUGGUUAAUUUAACAUUCAGAAUCUAUGAUGAGUACAUGCAUUUUGUCAGUACUGAAGAAAUUCAGUGUAUGGGAGGAGAAAAUAGCAGUAAUGAGACAACUCAGUUGUUACAGUACUGACAAUUGAGAAUUGCUAACUUUUAACAUGCUAUUAUUGGUGCUGCAUUUUCCCUUAAUUACAGCUUUCACCCAUGUGUAUUUGAAGCAACAUUUAAGAUCCAAAAUAGGCAUCCUGGGAUACAAGAUGAACAUAUUGGGUCCCAUGCAAUCCUUGAGAAAACAUUCCUUGAUUUCUUUUCACCAGUUCUUAGGCCAGCUGUAUUUUACUGUGCGUCAAAAACUUCCAUUGCCCGUCCUAGGAGAUGAAGGUAGGUAAAGAUGAGCUGACCUACAGUACACUGCAGGUUCCAGAAUGAAAUAUGUAAAGAUAUUGCUGCGGACAAAAUAAAGAAUAGGUUCAGAACAGGCUUUUUUUUUUUUCAUACUUCUAAUUACCUAGGGAAGGCACAAUUAAAUUGGAAUUGUUUUUGAGGAGGCACUGUGGAACAUUCCAGAUUGUAAAACUUGAACCAAAUUGGCAUAUGCACUUUAAGGGCUGGGAUGGGUCAUUGUGAAGAGAAAAAGGGGCUUAUCAACACUACUGAAUUGGUUUUGCAAUAUUCACUUAAGGCUGAGUAGAGGAUUUUAUGCAGGGGGAGAGAACUGGGUAGUGUCUGACUUCUGGAGCUGAAAAGUGACCCUAAAAAAAGUUGGAAUUGGACAUCAAUGACAUUAUGCACAAUCUAUCAGUUAGGCAUUGUUUGCUCUCUGAAGCAUCCAGUGGUAGUGAAGACAGCCACAGACAGGUUUUUCUUUCAUUAUUUAUUUCUGCCUUCAUGGAUUUUCUGUGAAUCACCUCUUGGAAAAGUUUCUCUGCUUGUCCUCUUUUGCACUGCAGAAGAACUAAUAAAAACCAAGACACACAAAAGACUGUGUUGUGCU